AUGCACAGGUGGCUGGGGCAACUUCAUGGAAUCCAGCUCCAAACCUACCCAGUAUCCAUGAAGCUUGAAGUUUUCAACAAUGUGGAUGUGGAAGAAAUUUCUGUACCGACACUCCUGCCACACGAAGUGCUACAUGCCCUUGCUAUGGCUGGCCCAGAACAGUUCUCCAAAUCUAUGCUUGGGGGACGCGGUGAAGAAGCACUCCAACAGUUUUGGGAUCACUGCCUACAGCUGCCGCAUUGGAAAAACCACCCUGCGUUUGCUGGGGGGGAAGCACCAAAGGGCGCGUACCUCUGUAUGAGGUUUGACGCGAAGGCGCGUGUUGAGACGAACGAAUUUGAAAAGCAUUACGGGAUUUCAGUGCGAAAACUUUUCUUCACCGAGCGCAACACCCGUUUGAAUGAAUCGAGCUCAUACCCUGAGUUGGGUACUGCAUUCAAAGCAGCUCACAUCAAGAUGAUCUUGUGGUUUAUGACCAGGAAAGCCAUCGAAUUUGCAAACGCGACAGGUGUCCCUCAUCUUAAUCUAGGUCCCCAUGUUGGGCUCUUGUUUGGAACGUCACUCCAAAGAAUUGACAAAACGUGUUUUUAA